CCUCUUCUUUUUCCUUUCUCCUAGGGGCUACACAAUGGCAGUCUUCUUUCAGUAAGAUGAUUCCUGCUUUGGCUUCUGCAGAUCCUCCCAUCCUCAUAGCGAUCAAGUAAAAGGCUAUGGUUUUCUCUUUGGGGAUCUUUUGUGCAUUACUGUUCUCCCUGAUUAGUUUUUGGCCUCAGUUGGGAUUUCUUCUUUGCCUUUUCGUUUGGCUUCAUGCUGAAAAGGAUUUUCCCCCCCCCACCCUUUUGGUAAUAAUCCAGUGUUGAUCUUGGGGGAUAAAUCAUUCAUCCUGGACGAAAAAACAUUCAUUGAGAAGUCUCAAAGAAAUAUACCACGUGAGGGGAAAAAACUGGGAGAAGAUCGGAAUAUUAUCGUUUUUCCUAUGGUAAAACUGGUGCCCCUCUUCAGGAGAACUGAUCUCAAAUUAUUAUUAUGCAACCACAAGGAUCUCUUCUUUCUCAGGGUGUCUAAGCUGCUGGAUUGCUUUUCGCCCAAAUCAAUGUGGUUUCUUUGGAACAUUUUCAGCAAAGGAACGCAUAUGCUGCAGUGUCUUUGUGGCAAGAGUCUUAAGAAAAACAAGAACCCAACUGAUCCCCAGCUCAAGGGUAUAGUGACCAGGUUAUAUUGCAGGCAAGGUUACUACUUGCAAAUGCACCCCGAUGGAGCUCUCGACGGAACCAAGGAUGACAGCAGUAAUUCUACAUUAUUCAACCUCAUACCAGUGGGACUUCGCGUUGUUGCCAUGCAGGGAGUAAAGACAGGGUUGUAUAUUGCUAUGAAUGGAGAAGGGUACCUCUACACAUCAGAACUUUUUACCCCCGAAUGCAAGUUUAAAGAAUCUGUUUUUGAAAACUAUUAUGUAAUCUACUCAUCCAUGCUGUACAGACAACAAGAAUCUGGUAGGGCCUGGUUCUUGGGUCUUAACAAGGAAGGGCAAGUUAUGAAGGGAAACAGAGUGAAGAAAACAAAACCAGCAGCUCAUUUUCUACCCAAGCCAUUGGAAGUUGCCAUGUACAGAGAACCAUCUUUGCACGAUGUUGGAGAAACAGUGCCAAAGGCCGGGGUGACUCCAAGUAAAAGCACAAGUGCGUCUGCAAUAAUGAAUGGAGGCAAACCAGUGAACAAGAGUAAGACCACAUAGCCAGAUCCUCACAGGUGUGGUGACUUAACGCAUCCUGAGCAAAGUUGAGCUCUUUAUCCUUGCCAGACAUUCCGGCUCUGGGAUCUAUGGAGCAGCUGGAAGCAAGUGAAGGCUUGCUCUUUGCUGCUUCCGAACAGACUUGUUGCAAAUGGAUAAAGCUCAACGUGUUGCACCCUCUUCCCUUCCCUUGCUCUCCCCACUCCAAGAGGACACCUGGAUAACCAGCUAAACUCAGACCAUGGAAUGCCCUACCAGAUAUGGAAUGCCUUUUUAAUAUCUUUUCUGUGUGACACUUCAUGUGAAUGACAUACUUCACUUGAUACACUUGAUACCUUGCCUGCUGACAGUUACCCGUAAUCCCUUUCUGAGUCCAGUUUCAGCAAAAUCCAUGUGUUUAAGUUCAAUUUUGUAGCACACCAAUAAUACUGAGUACUUUCUAGUUAGACGCUGUAACCCCAUGCUAUUAUGGAUUUCUCUUCUCCCCCUUUUUUUACGAGGCUGCUCGCUCCUCUGUCUGUGAUCUUUUGCAGGGAUUGUGUUUCUCUAAAACUUAAAUGUUGCAGGUAGCUGAGUUUGGAAAGCAAUCAGGGAAUCAGGAAGCCUUCUAAACCUAUAACUAUAAAUUGCAUCUAUAAAGAAUAAGGUUGUUGUCGUUGACUUACACUAUUGAUUAAAUUAUGAAUAUGCUCUAAUAUCAGAUACUGUGCUCCUGAGGUCAGCAUACUUGGGGAGGGAAAUGUGUCAAACAUGACCAGUAGAAAGCUUUCUAAGUGUUUGACAUCCCCCUAUAGUUUCUUUCUGUGUGUGUGUGUGUGUUUUAUACAUAUCACAAGCUUACUGGUAAUGGUAACAUUUGCCUUGCCCAGCGAGCAAGACCCACUGGUUUUUGAGAAAGUGGGUCCAAAGAACUCUGUAGGCCUUGUAGGCCUGAAUUAAGGCUCAUUUUUCAUCUACUAAUCUUCAUUAUUUGAAAAACAAUAAUUAUGACUAACAAGAAUUGCGCUACCUAAAUCCAUUUCAAAUAUAAUCUUUUCCAGUUUUUAAUGAACUGAACUUAAUACCAUCCCAAUUUUUGGCUGCAUUCCACUCAUACUCAGCAGAGCAUGGGCAAGGCGGCUGUUGUGUUAUUUUCUGAAGCAGCAAUGCAAAGGUUAGUUAUAAAUUAGACUUUAAUAUUUUUGGUGUUUAAUGACAAGUUUUUAAACUGGACAUAUUAGGGAAAAAAAGGUUAUUUUUUUUAGCUCAGCAUGCCGAGUCCAGUACUGUGUAUUUCACCAGUACAUACCUCUAACCCAGCUCUUUGGGGCACGCCCACAAAUGGCUAGGUUACAGGUGCCUUGCCUUGAUCUCAGAAUACAGUCUGUUGAAAUUGCUAUAGAUGAAAAAAAUAAAAACAAAAACAAAACAAAGGAAAACCAACUCAUUAGAAGAUCAGCUUUUAGCUUCAUCUUUUUUCUUUUCUUUUUCUUUCUUUCUUUGCUUUUUGAGGGAGUGGGGCAGAUUCUUAUUGAUGACACUUAGGGCUGUUCACUGAGCUCAGUGUAGAGGUUAUAGCAGUUGGUUAAGGGAUAAAUAAUGCCAUAUAAAAUGUCAGCUCUUAAAAGUGAAAAUUUUCAAAAUAUUUAAUGUUUAAAUUGUCAAAGAUUUAAUAGAUAAUGAAAAUUGUGUAUGCUUAGGAAACCUAAAUUUUGGUUCUCAGAAGAAGUAAUUAUGACCAAUCCAUACCUCAGUCCUGGAAAAUGCCAUGUGGGAUCAAUGUUCUGGCCUCCUGAUAGUAUGUCCAUAGAAAUGGAUGACAUGGUCACCAUUUCCCCCAUCUGCAGUGUCUUUACUGGAGAAUGCUUUGGUCAUUACUUCACACUAAGCAUCAUAAGAGCCCUUACUUGUUGUUUAAUAUUUUUGGUCUGCUUAGCUGAUUAAUAAUUUGGUAUAAAUGAACUGUUUAUGCUUUGAAAUUUUCAUAUUGGAGUCAGUUUUAAUAAAUAAAACUUAGUAUCAUGUUUGAAUAGAGUACCAUGGAUGACACUAAAUGACAAAUAGACAAAGUGAUUCUUUUAGCUAUUUUUAAUUUCUCUAAUUCCAUUUUAAAUGCAGGAUAAGUCUAUUUGACUUUAACUUUGGAAGGUGAAGAACAAUUUGUGAAGUUCAUUCUCCUGUAACAUGGUGGGGAGGUGAAAACAUGGUCUCUUUCUGUGUUGUGACAAAGGAAAAACAGCAAACACAUGGGAUUAAAAGAGAUGGGGGGCUUCUAAGUACCAUAUACUCAAAUCCCCAUUCUCUCUCCCCCAUUCCCAUGAACAUACCCAUUGUUUUCAAUGUCAACUCUAUUUGCUGGGUCCUUCUUGCUCUGCAAAUCCCACUGACUGGUUAAAAUUAAAGUUGAAUUUGUAAAUGACUAGAAUGUUCUGUAAUUGUAAUAUCUUUGCUUUUAGUUUGUCUGUUUGUUUCUAUGGGUUGUCUACAAGGGUGUUUAUUCCUAUGAAUGGAUGUCUUAAAAAAGUUUCUUCUAAAAUAUGUUUCAACAUAGAACAGAGGGGUCUUUGUUAUUUGUGCUUUGGUUAGGCCUUUAAUUUUGUGUCUGGUCUCAUCUGUUGCAUGGGAAGAGGAUGGCAAUGGUGAACUGCAUGUAGUAGGCCCUGUGUAUCAAGAACUGUUGGUAUGUAUUACUAAAUUUACAUACAUAUAUGCAAAGAGUUUGUCUGCAUUGUACAGUUUCUGUGUUUAUUAUCAUUUGUUGUAUACACAGAUGCAACAUAUUGAAUAAAAUAUUUAUACAAAGGCAUAUUGAAAAACAUCAAACAACUUUAUGUAAGAAAUAGAAUGUGCAAACAUUGCACCACCCACAAAUAUAGAGACAUGUCAUGUAAAUAGGUUGGUAAACUCAAUUUCCCCCUUUGCCAUGCCAAAGAAAAUUUUAGCUCCGUGAUAAUACCUCUCUUGCUGUUUUUCAGGAUAAGAUUUCACCAUUCUGUUUCCCCAAAUUAAGUUUUCUGUUAUUAAGUAAAACAUGUUACUGCCGCAGUACUGUAUAGUAAAUCUGAUGGAAUCGA